AUGUCAUAUAAUCCAGAAGUUUGGACUAUAUCUUCUAAUGAAGCUUUGAAAGUCUCAAUUGCCGAUGAUCAGGGCUAUGUUUCCUUCCCACCUUUAUUCACAUAUCCAAUAUUUGGUGAUUCUGAACAAAUAUUUGGGUAUAAAGAUUUGAAAAUUGAUUUGGUUUUCGACAGUAUUACGUUCUUACCAUUCCUUAAAGUCAGCUAUAAAGAGAAAUUAAAUGAUGAAGUUGAUGAUAUAACUGCAAAGCUAUUAGAAUUCUUACCAAAAUCUACUAUUGUUGAUGAUGAAGUUAAAUGGGUCGACGCUUUCAAAAAGGAACAAGAAGAAUUGCUUGAUUUUAAUAAAGAAUUUGAAUUGAUAAACACUUAUAAUGUCAAAAAUGAAGAGUUUUCUAUCUUUAAAACAAGUUUCCAAACUUCGGAGGGGGAAAAAACUAAAGCUGUUGAUUUGAUGAAGAGAUUACAAAUCUUUGUGUUAUUAUUUAUUGAAGCAGGUUCAUAUAUUGAUACAUCUGAUGAAUUAUGGGAUCUAUUCAUCUUGGUUUCCAAUAAAACAAAGAAAAUUUUAGGGUUCAGUACUGCUUAUUCAUAUUUCAAAUAUAAUGGAGCAAUUGAAUUUGAUUCUAAUCCAAAUGUGAAAAAGAGAAACAAAAUUUCACAAUUUGUUGUCCUACCACCAUAUCAAAAGACUCAACAUGGUUCAUCAUUAUACAACUCCAUAAUUUCAUACUGGAAUGGUAAUGAACUAGUAGAGGAAAUUACUGUUGAAGAUCCUAAUGAAAAAUUCGAUGAUUUGAGAUAUAGAAAUGAUUUCAAAAGAUUGUUUGAAGAAGGUUUCAUAAAUCAAUUACCGAAGAAUUUGAAAACAAUUGAUAAUAAAUGGUUCAUCACAAAUGCUAAUAAAUUCAAAAUUGAACUAAAUCAAUUCAAAAAAUUAGUGGAGAUUGGAUAUUUAUAUACAGAAAACAUCAAAUUAGCAAGAUUGUUGAUUAAAAAGAGACUAUACGAAAAAAACAGAGACGGGUUAGUUGAAUUGGAAUUGGCAAUCCGUAAUGACAAGCUACAAACAGCAUAUGAAAGCAUCAAGCAAGAAUAUGAUCGUUUAAUAGACUCAAUGCGUGUCCGUGCUGUCAAUGACAUCGGCUCUUCAAAGAAACAAAAAGUAUAA